AUGAGUUACGCUGUGGCCGUGUAUUUGUUAAUGAGAAUAAACCGUGCUGAAAAAGUGAAACCCAAAAUUUUGAGAGAUCAUAGUAAUCCGCUGGAGAUACCGGAACAACUAUUCAUUAGCCAGUUCCGUUUAAAUAAAGAUGCAUUUGGUAUGGUUAUGGGCGUUGUAGAACCGCACUUGCUUAGGAGUUCUCUGUCUCCCAUGCUUCAGCUUGCAACAACGCUACGUUUUCUAGCGGAAGGCUCAUACCAGACAGCAGUAGGAAAUGGUUUCAACGAAUGGAUACAAAUGGCAAUGGAUGAACGUGAAAAGCAUCAAUGUAUGCAGCAUUUGUAUGAAAAGUACAAAAUUCCAGGUAUUACUGGCUGCAUUGACGGCACUCAUGUUAAAAUAAUAAAGCCUCAUCUUUAUGAACAUUUGUACUACAAUAGAAAAGGAUAUUUCAGCAUGAAUACAAUGAUAAUUUGUGAUCAUAAUAUGCAGAUACGGGCGGAUGAUUCCCGGUAUGCUGGGGCAAGCCACGACUCCUUUGUUUGGAAUAUUAGCAGUGCCCGACAAUACAUUCAAAACCAGUAUCGAACAGGCGACCGCACCUAUCGGUUUUUAGGAGACUGUGGAUAUGGCAUUGAACCAUUUUUGCUGACGCCAUAUCGAUAUCCACAGUUCAACUCGCAGCAGUACAAAUUUAAUCUGGCACAUUCAGCGGCUCGUAAUAUUGUAGAACGUACCAUAGGAGUGUUGAAAAAUCGAUUUCGUUGCCUACUUGGAACUUUGCACUACAGCCCAGAAAAAGUAGUCAAAUACAUGGAACCAGAAUUCGUGGGUUAG